AUGACCUACCUCGCCAGGCUCAACCAAAGUGUGAUGCUCUUUACACUGGUUGGCAAGCCCCUGCGUGUCAAUGUCGAGCCCGGCCCCUUCCCUGAUUCGAACCUAUGCUUUUCCUGUGCUCCAUCAACCUGUCACAUGUCCGGCUGUGCCCAACUGUUUGUCUUACCCUUCCACCGUAGCGAGGAGACCGUACAACUACACAUCUUCACUACCCUCAAACUACCAUGUCCCUCACCGAUGGCCCGAGCUCUCAACACUGCGGUCUCAGGACCCUUAACCCGUUCGAACCUCUCGGUCAUCCAGGAUCGGGCCCUCGACUUGUAUAUCGAACGCACUGGCAAGAACAUCCGCAAGCCGAAUUCUUGCAGCGCUGAACUCCAACCCCUCGUCCGAUGCCAGACGAGCGCAGAAGCGAGAGAUUUUCUCGGGAAGAUGCUGCAGGAUUUACGUGCUUCACGGACGGCUGCUGCAGGACGGAGACCUUUGCUAGAAAUGCUAAAAAAGCUGCUGGACAUCGUUCUCAUCUUCAACGACGCAGCAGCCGAACUUGCCUCGGCUUUAGGCGCUCCGGGUGGCAAGGCAAUCAUUCUCGUCUUCGGUAUCAUGUUGAAGGCUGUGAGAACCAAUCAAGAACGUCUCGAAGAGCUAGAGAAGUUAUUGGAGAAACUACUUUACUUCUGUAAACGCUUCAACCUCCGAGAGAAGAUACGCGACUAUAUUUACGACACAGAACUUUUCGCAAGUAUCUUUGCCGCCAUCCUGAAUGUAAUAGGUCUUGCAACGACCAUCAUAAAGGGAAGGUGGAUACCGAAUGUUUUCAAGGGUCUCCUCGGGAACAAGGACAUACAUGAUGCUGUCACCGAACUCGACCGCCUUCUCGAGGUUGAGCUCCAGUCCGACGUUGUCCAACUUCUUGUAGACCAUAAAGAAGGUGUCAUCAAGCAAGAAGAACGUGACGCUGCGAUACAGAAGCUGCUCCAGCAACAGAAUGAUUUGCUCAACAAAGUUCAAAGAAAUAUCACCCGUCAAAUAUGGGCAGCAAAAGCGGCCUCAUCAGCAGGCAUAAUAUCGAUGGAAUCUCGUAUUGGUGAUCAUAUGAAUUCAGUGGCAAUCAGAGAACGUAACAAAAUCCUUGAUACCUUGGUCAAGGACCCGGACAAGAAUAGUAUCGUCAUUAAGAUCCCGAACCUGGGCCUUUCCAUCCAUAUAUCCAGCACUGAACAGAAUCUCCGAAUGAUCUCCAAAUACUUACCGGAUGAGACUUCGGAUGUGCCUAUGCGCCUGUUGGCUGUUGUUGCUGCCUUUGCCCUUCCUACUGCUAGCGGCUCUCUCACUGUCGGCAUCCUGAACGCUGCUAUGUUUCUGUGGUAUAUCUGUGGUGUUCCCCGAUUUCCUUCUCGGGUCGACAUUACCAUUCUUGAUGUUGAACGAGACAAAGUCUUCGUAAUGAGGGUAGAUGACUGCGAAACCUGGGAAGGAUUCCAUUCGCGCCUCGCUGAGCGUUUCAAAGAUCCAACAAAGGCUGGGCAUGGACUUGUGCAGAAGGGACAAUACGAGAUUGAGGAUGAAGAGCACAACGUCGUCAUCACGCGGGAGGAUUGGAAGCCUAAGCCUGGGAUGGUUCUUGGCAUCACGGUGGUUCUUGCAUGUACACUUGAACGAAGGGCAUCCUCUGCAUCUGUUGCAUGCCCUUACUGUGAAAGCAUCGUGCAGUAUGAUAGGCUUGAAUCACCCUCUCGCCUUACAUGCACGGAACGAAAGUGUAAUCGCACAUUCUCAGUGUCUGAUAUCGACUCAUACACCACAAAACAUCCUCUGACGUGGCCGCCUUUCGCACCUCAGGGACCGGUUACUUCCGCAGCCGAGCCCGUCAUCGCCUCAACUACAAGUGGUACCUUUCGCAAAGUGCGGCUCCUCCUCCGGCCUUCAACCCACCCUGCACAGAAAGGACAUAGGCAAACACGAGCCACCAAGGGUGUCUUCCCCACGCCGAGAACCAUCGCUGAUGCUUUCAAGAGGGUGACAGGAAAGAAAAAUCGGAUAUCAGGUGGGGGAGGGCGAAGUAAGGGGGAGGGUCGUUAA